GCGGGGCACCGGCGGGCGCCGCAGCCCGCUCCUCAGUGCUCGGCGGGCGCGGAGCGAGCGAGGAGCCGCGGCUUCCCCGCCGGCGAUGCGGAGGUUCAGAGGGGAAAACAACAACAGAAUGGAACAGUGUUUAUAGACCAGCUACUAACAGAAGGAAAGAGAAGACCUACUGUCUAAAAAAAGAAAAAAAAAGCGCUGCAUAUUCAGGUCCUCAAUCAGUGUGAAUGGCAUUAACAAAGGAUUCAUCUGAAUGGAUUAAAUGGAUUAUCACAGCUGCCUGAAAUCAUAAAGAGCAAGAUUUCAACUUUAUAGUCCUUCACUAGCGAUGGUUGGCAUGAAACUGGGCUUCCCCAGCAGCUGCUCUGGGAUCAUGUGGCUCUUGAUUGUUUUUUCAGCACAAGAAAUUGAUGGGGGAGAAUACGCGUAUAUUGACCCAUGUCGGGGACAGGAUUGUUCAAUUUGUCGGUGCUUUCCAGAAAAAGGAUCAAGAGGACAGCCUGGUGAGCUGGGAGCCCAAGGUCCGAUUGGAUCCCUGGGACCUGCAGGACCAACUGGUCAGCCAGGUGAAAAAGGUCAGAGAGGUGAGAAUGGGCAACCUGGGCCAGCUGGAGAAAAAGGUGAUAAGGGCCCAACAGGAGUCCCGGGAUUUCCUGGUUUAGAUGGUGUUCCUGGAUUACCAGGAAGUGAAGGAUCCAUGGGCAAACGUGGUUUGGAUGGCUGCAAUGGCUCAAGAGGAGAUCCAGGAUUCCCAGGCGAAAAUGGAUACAUUGGACCAAGAGGUCCUUAUGGGUAUCCAGGGCAAAAAGGAGAAAAAGGAAAUUCAGUAUAUGUUUCCCAUUUUGGAAAAGGGCCUCCAGGAGACAGAGGUGAUCCUGGACCUCCUGGCAUGCCAGGACCUAGAGGAUUAAGAGGUACAACAGGCCCAUCUGGAUACCCAGGCCAACCAGGCUUGCCUGGUGCUCCAGGUUUCCCAGGUUUGCCAGGUGAACAGGGAAAUCCAGGUGUUGGAGUGGAUGGACAAAAGGGGGAGCCGGGUGAUGUUGGACUUCCUGGGCCACCAGGGUCACCACUGUUAAUUGGACCUCCUGGAGCUCAACUGUUCAAAGGAGAAAAGGGCCAAAAAGGACUUCCUGGAAUGACAGGAUACAGAGGACCACGUGGACCCAAAGGUGUAUCUGGAAGAGGAGAAAAGGGUGAAAAAGGUAUUCCUGGAUUUCCUGGAGUGCGGGGUAGCCCUGGUUCUUAUGGACCUGCAGGUUUUCCUGGAAUAAAGGGAGAAACAGGAGUUGCUGGUUUUCCUGGACAAGUUGGCUAUCCAGGCAUAAAGGGGGAUCCUGGAGAAGAAGGGCCCCCAGGUCCUCCUGGAACUGUUGAAACUCCACUGUUUCCUGUAAAAGGUCUACAGGGAGAUCCUGGAUUUCCAGGUCCCGUUGGUGAUACAGGGUCAAUCGGACCACCUGGCCCUGCAGGCCCGCUAGGAAGACCGGGAGAUGAUGGAACAAGUCUGCCUGGUCUGCCAGGAACAAGUGGGGCACCAGGACCGCAAGGUUUUCAAGGUGACCCUGGUUUCCCUGGAAGAGGUGAAUCAAUCCCAGGAAGACCGGGAUUUCCCGGACCACCAGGAUUACCAGGACAGCCAGGAAGACCAGGCUUACCUGGACUACCCAGUAUAAUUUGUACUGACAGAGGGAUCCCUGGAGAACUUGGAGCAAAAGGUCAGACAGGCCUUCCAGGAAGAAAAGGUGUAAAAGGAGAAAAGGGAAAUCAAGGCCUCUGCUCAUGUAGCCCUGGUCCUCCUGGUCCCCGUGGUAUACAAGGACCUCCAGGUACUCAAGGAAAGAAAGGGCAAAUGGGAUACCCUGGAAGACAUGGAGAAAAGGGCAACCCAGGCUUAUCUGGUGCAAUGGGAUCACCAGGGCUCCCUGGGACACCUGGUUCUGCUGGACAAGAUGGUGAAAAAGGAGAGAAGGGUGAUCCAGGGAGAAUUAGAAUAAAAGGAAUAAAAGGUGAAAGAGGUCCUAGUGGGGUUCCAGGAUUUCCAGGCCAAAGAGGUAAUGAUGGCAGAGAUGGGGAAGUAGGAUUGCCUGGGGAAAAAGGAGCCAAGGGUGACUCUGGAGUAGCACUGCUGGGUGAUAAAGGGUUCCCUGGGGUCCCAGGAAGUCCUGGGGUAAAAGGACGCACGGGAUUACCUGGCUUGGGAUUUCCUGGCCCACCAGGAGUCAGAGGAGUCCCUGGAGACUUUGGUGAUACUGGGAAUGUUGGGCCACCUGGUCCAAAGGGUCAGAAAGGUGAGACAGUCUGUAUUACUCCACCAUACCCUGGAAGUCCAGGCCCCCCAGGUUUUAAAGGUGUUCAAGGACAAAAGGGUUUAAAAGGACUUCCUGGUCGUCCUGGACCAAAUGGCUUUGAUGGGCAGAAAGGCCAGCCAGGCAGGCCAGGAGCAGGAAUCCCUGGGCCAGAAGGCUUUCGAGGCAAAGCUGGUGAUCCUGGUGAUGAAGGUGAAAGAGGAUCUACAGUUGAUGGUAAAAAUGGCCCUCCAGGCCCACCUGGCAUAGAUGGUCAGAAAGGUGUUCCAGGUGAUACCACGUAUGGUCCUCCAGGAAUCCCAGGCUAUAGGGGACUGCCAGGACCACCUGGUGCUCAAGGAACAAGGGGUGAUCCAGGCAUUCCUGGGUUUCAAGGUCAGCCUGGCACCCCAGGAUUUCCAGGUGCCAAAGGUUCUAGAGGCCCAGAAGGUGAUAUAGGAGCACCAGGCUGUCCAGGCUUCCCUGGUCUACCAUGUGACUUGGGCUUACCAGGGCCACCAGGAUUCAGAGGGGUCAGGGGCGUGCCAGGCCCUCAAGGCUUACCCGGCUUUAAAGGUCAGAGAGGAGACAGAGGCCUCGUAGGGCCGCCUGGACUGAAAGGUCUCAAAGGCUCUCCUGGCUCACCAGGCCCCCCAGGUCCUCCAGGCCCCCGAGGAGUUCCAGGACUUCCUGGGGAUAGGGGAAUGCCCGGCUUCCCAGGCCAAACAGGAAGCAAAGGGAUUCGAGGACCUCAGGGAUUCCCAGGACUCCCAGGAACACAAGGGCCAAUGGGAAUCUCUGGUUUAAAAGGUGAAGGAGGAGAAAUGGGUCUUCCUGGGCCUGGUGGAGAAUGUGGGGAUUUGGGAAUAAAAGGUGAAAGAGGACCUCCAGGAGACAGUGGCUGCAUUACCUUUCGGCUAGAGAAAGGACAAAAGGGGGAACCAGGGUUUCCUGGCGAGAAUGGAUUUAGAGGUGAAAGAGGUGAAAAAGGCAAUGCUGGUUCCAGAGGCAUCCCAGGACUUCCAGGGAAAAGUGGUCUCCCAGGACUGCCAGGUGACCAUGGAGACACUGGACUGAUAGGGUUUCCAGGGUCACGGGGUUUUCCAGGACCAAAGGGCUUUCAAGGAAUUACGGGUUUUCCAGGACAACCAGGUGACCAGGGUGAUGUUGGCUUACCAGGAUUCCCUGGAAAUCCAGGACUUACUGGCUCAAAAGGACCUAAAGGUGAGAAAGGUGACCCAAGUGUUCUGCUUGGUACACGUGGUCCUAAAGGGCCUCCAGGAGAUCCAGGAUUACCAGGACUCUGUGGAUUCCCAGGAGAGAAGGGUUCAUCAGGUAUCCAAGGGCAACCUGGAAGACCAGGAUCCAAGGGGCAGCCUGGAUACCCAGGCGUACCUGGAUUUCCAGGUGCUAUGGGCCCUCAAGGGUUGCCGGGAGAACCUGGAGAAAAAGGGAAACAUGGAUUUUUGGGACCUCCAGGAUUGCAAGGAUUAGCUGGUCCCCAAGGCAGAAAAGGUCUUCCUGGACUGCCUGGACUAGAUGGCUUGAAUGGACUAAAAGGUCAGAAGGGUUCCCCAGGAGCUCCAGGUCAAAUUGAAAUAGGGACCCCAGGAUACUCAGGAGAAGCUGGACCAAAAGGAGACAGAGGUGAACCUGGAUGGCCAGGUAUUUCUAUUCCAGGGCCCCCUGGAGAAAGAGGAUUCCCAGGAUUCCCAGGUAGAAGAGGGGCUAUUGGACCUGCUGGACCUAUGGGAAGAUCUCCUGAUAGUGCUCCUCCUGGUCUUCCAGGUGAUCAAGGACCACCUGGUUUAGAUGGCAUCAGAGGCCCACCGGGGAAUCCUGGCCCUCCUGGAGAGACUGUAUUUGUGCGAGGAGAUCCAGGUGAUGUUGGUAUUCGAGGAGCACCUGGGCUUCCUGGGCAACGAGGGCAACAAGGAGCCAAAGGUCUUCCAGGGAACCAUGGAAGAAGUGGCCCAAAGGGUCCUAUGGGAAUCCCUGGCCCACAUGGUCCACCUGGUGCUACUGGACAACCUGGGGACCAGGGUUUUCAAGGGAGACCUGGUCCUAAAGGUCCUUCAGGUUUUAUAGGUGACCCUGGUGAACCAGGAAAAAUAGACGACUCAUGCCCUGCAAUCCCAGGGCCUCCUGGAGAACCAGGGCAAAGAGGAGAUGAUGGUUCUAUAGGAUUACCAGGGCCAAUAGGUCACUCUGGACCCCAGGGAAGAAAAGGUGAAGAAGGGUCAUGUGGCCUGCCAGGUCAAGAUGGCUUACCUGGGCCACCUGGACCUCCAGGUGACCAAGGGAUUAUAGGAGAACAAGGAUACAUUGGGCCACAAGGUCCACCUGGCCAGACCGGUAUCCCAGGACCACCAGGCCCUCACAUUAGAUCUGCAAGUGGAUUCUUGCUUGUUCUUCACAGUCAGUCAGACAGAGAACCACUCUGUCUGCAGGGGAUGCCAAAAUUAUGGACUGGCUAUAGUCUGUUGUACCUGGAAGGACAAGAGAAAGCUCAUAAUCAAGAUCUUGGUCUGGCAGGAUCUUGUCUUCCUAUUUUUAGUACCAUGCCCUUUGCUUACUGUAAUAUCAACCAAGUUUGUUACUACGCCAGUCGUAAUGAUAAGUCUUACUGGUUGUCAAGUGCUGCUCCGUUACCAAUGAUGCCACUCUCUGAAGAAGAAAUACAACCAUAUAUAAGCAGAUGUGCUGUAUGUGAGGCCCCAGCACAAGCUGUAGCAGUUCAUAGCCAAGAUCAGUCAAUUCCUCCCUGCCCACCGAACUGGAGGAGUCUUUGGAUAGGAUAUUCUUUUUUGAUGCAUACUGGAUCCGGUGAUCAGGGAGGUGGACAGUCCCUUAUGUCACCUGGAAGUUGCCUGGAAGACUUCAGAUCUGCACCAUUCAUUGAAUGCCAGGGCCAGCGGGGAACGUGUCAGUUUUUUGCUAAUGAAUACAGUUUCUGGCUAAUAACAGUGAUGCCUGAAUUGCAGUUUGCAUCAGCACCUCUGUCAGGCACUCUCAAAGAAGGACAAGAGCAGAGGAAAAAAAUCAGUAGAUGUCAGGUGUGCCUGAAGCACGGCUAACAGACAGAAAAUUGAGCAGCUUGAAUGAGACUUGCAUAGGGAAGAAGAGCGUGCUAAAGUUGUAAACAUUAUUUGAUAUUGGAAUAUAUUUGAAAGUCUACAGUUCUGUCGCUUUUGUUUUAUAUUGAUGUAUAGGACUGAAAGGUGCAUCUAUUGAAUUUUAUCCACCCACGUACAGAUAUCUACAGAUUGUAAAAUCUGGAGUAAACAACUUGAGACCCCCCAAAAAUGAAACUCAGUCACACUGGAGUUUGCUACUGUAAUAUACAGGCAGAGUUUGGAGGCAUGAAUUAAGUUGUUCUAGAAUACCAAGGAAAACGUAUAUGAUUAUGCAAGACAGCAGAUUUCCUGCUGCACAGAGCAUUUAGAACAGGAGAAAUAGGUGUUUUUAUAUGGCAUAUUAUAAAUAACUACUCUCUAAAAGAGGCAUAGAUAAAGGUCUACAAGCAUACAAUGCCCUCACAGAAUGGCUGGGGUUGGUAAGCACCUCUGGAAGAGGACCUGAAGAUCAUCUGGUCCAACCUGCCUGCUCAAAGAAGGACAGCUACAGCAAGACCAUGAGCGGGACUGUGUCCAGUCAGGUUUUGAAUGUCUCCAUGGCUGAAGAUUCCACAACAACCUGCUCCAGUGUUCAACUAGCCUCACAAUGAAAAGUGUUUUCUUAUGCUCAGACGGAGAUUCCUGAUUUUCAAUUUGUGCCCAUUGUCUAUCGUCCUGCCACUUGGUGCCCCUGAGGAGACUUGGCUCACUCGUCUUUACUCCCUCUUAUCAGGCAUUUAUAAACAUUGAUAAAGUUCCCACCACCGAGCCUUAUCUUCUCCAGGCUAAAUAGUCCCAACUCUCUCAGCCUUUCCUCGUAUGAGAGAUGCUCCAGGCUUUUAAUCACGUGUGGCCCUUCACUGGACUCAUUCCAGUAGCUCCACAUCUCUCUUGUGCUGGAGAGCCCAGCAAUGGACCCAAUACUCCAGAUGCAGCCUUACCAGCACUGAGCAGAGAGGGCAAGGGUCAUCUCCUCGACCAGCUUGCGAUGCUCUUCCUAAUGCAGCCCAAAAUACUGUCAGCCUUCCUUGCCAAAGGGCACAUUGCUGGCUCACGUUCAACUUGGCAUCCAUCAGAAAUCCCAGGUCCUUCUCUGUGGCGCUGCUUUCCAAAUGGUCAUCCCCCAGCAUGUGCUGGUGCUGCAUAGGUUUAUUCCUCCCCAGGAGCAGAACUUUGUGCUUCCCCUUGUUCAGCUUCAUGAGGUUCCUCUCUGCCCAUUUCUGCAGCCUAUCGAUGUCUCUCAGAAUAGCAGCACAACUGGUGCAUCAGUGACUCCUCCCAGUUUUACAUCAUCUGCGAACAUGCUGAGGGUGCAUUUGGUCCCAUCAUCCAGGUCAUUAAUGAAGAGGUUAAAUAGUAUUGGUCCUCAUAUCAACACCUGGGGGGCAUCACUGGUGACUGACCUCCAGCUGCACUUUCUGCUCCUGAUCACAACCCCCUGAGCUAGGCAGUUCAGCCAGUUUUCAAUCCACUUCACUGUCCAUUUAUCUAGCCUCAGCUUGCCUGUGUCUGUCUAGCUACUUCAUCAGCUUGUCUAUCGGGGUGUUACGGGAGACAGUGUAAAAAGCCUCACUAAAGUGGAGAUAAAAGUCUUAAAGCACUGUAGCUCAAUUUCCCAUGAAUCUUGCCCACUGUUUCUGUGGGAUGGGGAAAAAUGUAAUUUUAUUGGGAACACAUGUUUGCACAAAAUAAUAAAAAAAAAAUGAGGAUCAAAGUCUGUUUCACCACUGCAGUACAGAACCAAACUGGGAAAGAGCUGUUAAUUGAGCUUUCAUAAACAACAAAAAAGAGUUACAGAACUGCUCAGGAGCAGAGAUUGUUGUGUAAAAAAAUAAAAUUAACAGAGAUAAUCAGGCCUUAAAAAGCUAUAUUUAUAUUUGCAAUUAAUUUUUCAGAGCAGUUGUUAAACUAAAUUGUUAAGCUGCAAUCCAAAGCAGUUGCUAGUGUUAAAUAAGAAAGAAAUAGUAGCAUGGUGAUAAAAUGGGUGAAUUCAUCUGCAUGAUCCAUAAAAGAAGUUGUUGAACAAUCGCCUAACCCCAAAGCAAAUAAAUGUUGUUCAUUCAUGUUAAUCUGUAAAUAUAGCACAAAGAAAGGUGGGCCUCCACCUUUUAGCGCCUUAUGGAAUCAUGGCUCCGGAUUUACUUUUUAGUAUUGAAAGUGUUUAUUGUUAAAAGGUUUAUAAGCUAAAUCACUACUUUUUGAAAAAGUUGAACACAUCUGUACACAGUUCAUUCAGCUAUAAAAGAACAAAAAUAGUAUAUGUGCAUUUGAAUCACAGUGAAACUACUGGAAAACACAUUGAUUGCGGGUGGAGUAUUCAUUGUGUGCAGAAGGGCCACAAAUGCUCUUUUUACCCCUUAAAAGGGGGCUAUUUUACUAGAAUGGAAUGAAAUGUUUUUUCCGGCAUUUUUGUGUUCUCAAAAGGAGGUCUCCUAGCAAAGCGAUUUUCAAGCAGACCAAGAACCACAUCUAAAAGUCCUAAUUCAAGGAAAACUUCCCAUAAAGAUAUCAUGAGUACAACAGGCCAAUCAAUUCGAGAGCUAGAUCCAGAGACUCAAAAAGCAAGAAAGAAAUAUAUUGCAGUCUCAGCUGGAGGAAAAAGGGACGGGCAGAGGGUAACUCCAAUUCAUGUGCAAACACAUCAGCCUGCAUCACUUCUUCCUGACAAAACCAACUAAGCCAUGUGAUCUGCUGCGCUAAGGUGGUGGUCAACUCUCCUGCCCUCCCAGCCGGGAAACAGUCAAGAGUCUUUACAGUAAUGAAGAGCCCAGUGUGUCCUUGGGGCACAUCUAGGUCCCCGCCUGUCUCCAGCAGCUGCCCACACCUACAGGCGCAUCAGUCCACUUGCUGCUCAGCAGUCAUCCCAGUGUGCUCUUUCCUUCCUAUCUGCCACGUCCCAUCAUUUUUGAGGUGGAUUUAUCUCUGCGUGGAAGAAUUUAAUCCUGUCCUGCCCCAGACGGCAUCCCUCAUGCACAAGAGGCUUUCUGGUCAUGGACAAGUAAAAAGAUCUCAACUCUCCAGGGUGCAGAGCAUAUCCCUGUGAGAAGAAAGCAGCACAUGAAGGGGAGCACCAUGCCUUAGCUACCUACUCCUCAAGCUGUGCAAAAUAUAUUUCCAAAAAGGCCACAGCUGGUAUUUUCUGAAACACAGUUGACUUCAGCUUAUAUUCAAUAGAAGUUGGAUGCUCCGUUUUCUUCAGGUGGCAUCCCUGUUUCCUCAUGGAUUUUGGGAAUUCCUCAUUAAGGUUUCAGAAAUGACAUUUUCCUAACAACGCUCACCAGCUUCUCUGUUAUCAUUUGCAGUCUCUUCUCAGGUUGAGGCUACGGGACCUCCUUAGAUAAGGGCAGUUGCUCUUCUGAAAAUAUUUACAGUGCCUAAGACAGCAAUGCUGAGGCUCUUAGAACUGCAUUAUAGGCACUUAGGUAAAUAAUAAUGAAAUCCGUAUAGAUUGUGUCCCUAAAAGCUUUGUCUCAGUAAGACAAAUUAAAGACAAGAUUGAAUACAACAGGA